UCAAAGAAUAAGUUGGUAAUGGACAAGUCACGCCUUAAUGAGUUGUCAGAGUCAAGAUUCAAAGUGGACCAAAUAGUGAUGAACGACCGACGUUCAACCUUAAGUGGUCUAAAGCCAAGAAUACUGGCAUUGUGGGAGGAAGGCAUCAAAGUGGUGUCUUGCGAUGAGACUGCAUUGAUUGAAGAGAUAUCAUGGAAUGACAUUGAUCACAUCAGUCUACAACAGAACUUAUUAGUAUGGGAGAUGGCACUGAAAGACAAGAGAAUACUUUACUUCAAGGGUCAGAGUGCCUACCAACUACAUUGCGCCACUGAUCACUACAUGUGUAAUCUUGGUCGAGACAUAGAUUCCCAACACUAUCUCGUGGAA